CCCGGGCUGGGCACCCCUGCUCGAGCAGCACACGAUGGUGGGGGAAUCCACCAAAGUUACUUAGACAAGUUCACCUCUAUGAUUCGGACAGUUGGUUAGUUGUGACCAUCUCGUACAAUCCUCUUAGAAACCAACUGUAGAUAUGGCGGAUAAGGAAAAGAAGAAGAAGACCAAAAAGAAGGAAGAGGCAGCUCCGGCGCCUCCUCCUCCAGAACCCGAGCCAGCACCGGCUGAAGAAAAACCACCAACCCCAACUGGUACUCCUAAGGAAUCUGGAUCCGCAAGGGCGAGCAGUCGCGGUAGCCGAAGGGCUAAGCGUAGCGGUUCCAGUGUGUUUUCUAUGUUCACUCAGAAACAGGUCGCUGAGUUCAAAGAGGCUUUCCAGCUUAUGGACCACGACAAGGAUGGUAUCAUCGGUAAAAAUGAUCUGCGUAUGGCCUUCGACUCGGUCGGUCGUCUUGCCACUGACAAAGAAAUCGAUGAGAUGCUCAAUGAGGCACCAGCACCUAUCAACUUUACCCAAUUGUUGAAUCUAUUCGCUGUUCGUAUGUCAGGAUCAGGCGCUGAUGACGAUGACGUCGUAACAAAUGCCUUCAGUACCUUUGACGAGAAUGGCAAAAUCGAUGGAGAAAGACUGAGGCACGCCUUGAUGACCUACGGCGACAAAUUUACCGCGAAGGAAGUUGAUGAAUCCUACGAUCAUAUGUACAUCGAUGACAAAGGUUUCAUCGAUACACAAAGUCUUAUCGCCAUGUUAACUGGCACAGGCGACGAAGAAGAAGAUUAAACUUAUAUUACUGACAUCCGGAAAAAGAAACACAUUAAAUUUCUAUUCAUUGCAAACGAAGUCUCUUGUUACGUCAGGUUCGCCGAGACCGUUUCUGAACAUAACGACAAAAAGUAUGGCACGAAUCUAACGCCUAGCAUUCCCUUAUCUUAUUUUUGAUGGCAGAGGUUUAAUUUUUUCAAAGGGACAUGUACAAAGAACGAUCUCAAUCCGUUGAGAACACACAUUAUCUGCCAGAAUUCUUUUCAUGGUGUGUGCACUUACUGCGUAAUCUGAGGAUAAACGAGACUUCGAGUCAUACCAUAUUUAUCGUUCAUAUAAUAAAAGUAUUUUAAAACACCAUAACGAAACGACUCUCUUAUUGUGCAGUAGUCAUCAAGGAAUUACGAGCGAUCUUGUGUGUGAGAGGAACUGGUUGUUUGUCACAUCAGUGUUAUUCUUGUUUGAUUUCUGAAUUUUCAGACAAAAAUAAAAAGUACAUUUUUGUGGUAUAUUAAAAUAUUUCAAAUACAUUGUAAAUGUAAAA